AUGGCGAUAUCUCAUGUUCAGCCUCUUCUUCUUCUCUUAGCAUCACUCUUCUUCUUACCCACUUUGUUCGCCCACAAGUUCGAAUACUGCAACAAUAACACUGGAUAUGAUUUUGGUCACGUAAGUGGUGUCGCGACCACAUCUAGGGACAAUGACACAACCACUACGAUAUACAUAUCCGUUCAUCCAAAGAAAACCCUCUAUAAAGGAAGUGCAAGCGUGUACCUUUUCUAUGGCGAAAAUCCUGAACCCAUGGAUGGUUGCGUUUACGAACUCAGUGAGGUGGUGAACACAUUACCGAUAAAACCUGACACCAACAUUAGAUUAACUCUUACUGAAGUUCCUUUGCAAAACGAUCUCGUGGUGGCUACCAACAUGCUUUUCACGGUUGCUUCGUCGUUUGGUAUGUUCCUAUCUAUCGAGCUCAAGAACCUGGAAUCUUUGAUCCUCGGACGUAACCACAUGACCAAGUUUUGCCCCUCCUCACUCAACGUCUCAUCAUUCGCUUUCCUUCCGAUGAUCAUCUCCAUUAGGAUCACCCCGAAUGUAUAG